AUGUGGGACGCUGGCCAACCCUGCUUUGCUGAGCAGGAGGACCAGGGACCAGAGCUGCAAGCCGGGGGUCCCGCCUUUACAGCCAGUCCUGGAGACCCCUCGGAGGGGCUCAGAAGGUUGAGAGAACGGAGCCCAGGCCGCCCGUCAGGCCUGCGGCUCGGCUUCCGAGGCGAGGGGAAGCCGGGUGGGCUGGAGUGGCCCCGAACCCAAGCCCUCUCAGCCCCGGACUCCUGCCCGGCAGGAGGAAUCUGGGAAGAGGCGGAUGCAGGCGCCUCCUCCGGAUGCGUUGCUAAUGAUGGAGGAGGACGCCUAGGUGCUGCUGAGGCCUGCUUCGCGGUGAAACUGGUCGACGGUGAUGGACUAGAGUUCAGGAAGCGCCAUUCUGGACCAGCAUUUGGCAUCAACAGCAUUUUAUGUCAGCGUGGCUUAUAUCCAUCCGAAACCUUUACUCGAGUGCAGAAAUAUGGACUCACCUUGCUUGUAACUACUGAUCCUGAACUCAUAAAAUGCCUAAAUAAUGUGGUGGAACAACUGAAAGAAUGGUUAUACAAGUGUUCAGUGCAGAAAUUGGUGGUAGUCAUCUCAAAUAUUGAAAGUGGUGAGGUCCUUGAAAGAUGGCAAUUUGAUAUUGAAUGUGACAAGACCACAAAAGAUGACAGUGCCCCCAGAGAAAAGUCUCAGAAAGCUAUCCAAGAUGAAAUUCGCUCAGUGAUCAGACAGAUCACAGCUACAGUGACAUUUCUGCCACUGUUGGAAGUUUCUUGUUCAUUUGAUCUCCUGAUUUAUACAGACAAAGAUUUGGUUGUACCUGAAAAGUGGGAAGAGUCAGGACCACAGUUCAUUACCAGUUCUGAAGAAGUUCAUCUUCGUUCAUUUACUACUACAAUUCACAAAGUGAGUAGCAUGGUAGCCUACAAAAUUCCUGUCAAUGACUGA